AUGCAUACAGGAUAUCGAGAUCAGUUGGGUCUAUCGCAUUAUGAUAUUUUAAGUGGGAGUGAAAUCCUGGGGUCUCACUUAGAGAAUCAUGUCAGAGAGAAGGGGAAAAUAGAGUUGCUUGACAAUACGAUUUCAAAAAAGGAUAUCGAUGUACUAAGGGCUCUUGGCUACACUGAGUUUGGUUACGCUAGGCAUAAUUUGCGGAGGAAAGCAUGGCAUAUAAUACUGCGAAGUCAAUAUGUUGCUGAGCACAAUGAUAAGAUUCAGUCAACAGCUAAAACAGUUACACAUAAAGAUGAAAAGCAAAUAGAACUUGAUGUAAAUAGAUCAUUUAACAAUUUAAAGAAUGGACCACAAAGAGCUUAUUUGAGAAAAGUAUUGCAAAAAUUAUUGAUUAGGUUUUUCAGAUCAAAUAGUGAACUCUCUUACUAUCAAGGUUUUCAUGAUGUGUUAUCUAUAUUUAUUUUGGUAUUCCUGAAUUACGAUGAUGACAACACAGGAGAACAUGUAAUUUACAAAGUUGAAAAUAUCGAGUCGCUAUUCUACUGUGUGGAAGCGUUCAGUUUACUGUACCUUAGAGAUUUUCUUAUGCCAACAUUGGAUUUUUCUAUCGAUCAGUUGAAAGUAAUACAGAAUUACAUUUUAAAUAAAGAUGAAGAGCUAUAUGAAAAAAUGCAAUUAGAUGUGAUACAUCCUUUAUACGCAAUAUCUUCGGUUCUUACAGUCUUUGCCCAUGAGUUGAAGCCAACGGUAGAUGAUCAAUCUCAUGAGAUAUUUGAAGUGUUUGAUAUGAUAAUUAGUUCACAAUCCAUGUUUUUGCCUUUAAAAAUCUAUGCAACUCUCUUUUUGCAGUUCAAAUCCGACAUUAUUACCACAUAUGAAGUAAAUAUAGAAAACUUUGAAAAUGAGGCUGAUUUGAUUCAUUGUGUAAUACAGCAAGUCAUCCAAAAGAAUCUUUAUAGUCAUGAAAUUCACAACGAAUCCUUUAUUAAUGCAAUAAAAAAGGUUAGAUUGGCUAAGGCGUCUGAGUAUACUUUGACAAACGUAAGUGACAUGGUCAAUGUCUACAGUCCACUGGUAACUACUGCAAGGGGUGAAAGCCAAUUAUUCACCUCCGAAGAAAUCAAUGAGAUAGUUGGAAAGCAACUAAUUUACCAUAAUAAACAACAACAACUGAAGAUACAAGCCAAGGAAAGACUGUUGAAACCAAAAUCAAAACAUAUAAAUAGCAUGCUUUCGAUUAUAGGCGGUCACGGAAGUAUUUCGCCAUUAAUUAAAGCGUCAAUUGCUGUCGCCAUUGUUGCAAUUUUGCUCAGAAUGAAUAAGAAUAAACGUAUAAUAGCUGGCAUAUCUACUGGCAAAGAAUUUAUUGGCGAGAUCAAGCAUUUACACAGCUCAAUAUUUUACUCAUUGAAGAACUCUUAUUGGAAGGAUCCCUUAAAGAUUGUACUCCAUACCUAUAAAAAACUCCAAAAUCAACUGUCAUCAUCCGAUUUUGAGAGAUAA